GAAGAGGCAAAGUAAGGCCGUUCAAUUCUUUUGGGCACUCGCCAGUGACGGAAUUCCCCAUACGCCAGUUGAAUUCCACAAAGAACACACACGCGUGUAUAUCUUUUUUUAUACGUAUAAGUAUGUAUAUCUAUGAUCAACUAAUAUGGGCGUGUCCCUUUGAUUUUUAAUCGCACAAGAAUUUGAUAAGGAGCUGUUCAAAUAUCAUUUGGUGAUUCUUUUGCGAUUUUAGAAGCUCUCACCUGCUGGUCAUAGUGCCAUAGAAGCAUACAAUAGAAGCUCUCAUUCGUACCCAAGACUUCGAGUUGAGCUUAUAAUGCAUUCAGCAUUUUGAUCCUCAAAAAUUUCUGGCAAGACUGUGAGCAGAUCUAGAAAAAGAAUGUUUCCAUUACCCUGAUUUUGUAGAACGUCAGCUGAAGUUGCUAUUUAUACAAGUCAAGAUGGAUGCAAAACCUUCUUUAUCUAUUCAAAGAUCAGGUGCAAGACAACUUAGUAACUUUGGCAUUUCUGGGACGAUGCCUUCUUCUUUUCCUGUACUGCCAACUCCUCUGGGAGAAAGAUAUCCUAAACUAACAGACUCCCAUCAGGUCUCCAUGGAGAGGGAACUCAUGCAACAUUCUCCAGCUGUUAUUUCACCAAUGUCAUCCAACAGUGGGGUAGUUGGCCAUUUAUUUUCUUCAUCCUCGGGAUUUUCUACCGAUCUUCAUUUUUCAUCUGUCCCACAACAAGAAAACCAUCCAAGGCAAUCUCAUCUCAUAUCCCAAUCAACUAAUAGUGGGACAUCACUUGUGUUGCCUGAUUCUGUUGAUUCUGAAGUUCCUCGAUCCACAGCAUCAAGUCACUAUGACAAGGAAGAAAACAACCCCUCUUGGUGUACAGAUACGCUGCCUGAUUUUCUUGAUUAUCCGAUAAGUUCGUCUAUCCAGAAUAAUCAACUAGAAAGGAGCAACCACGGUGGCAUUGCCAUUCCAUCUGAGGAUCUUACUAAACAUAAUGAUUGGCAGGAAUGGGCUGAUCAGCUUAUCACUGAUAAUGGUGCUUUGACUGCUGACUUGAACGAGCUCCUUGCUGAUGCAAGUAUAGCAGUUCCAGAACCAAAGAUACAUCAUCAUAUGUCCAAUCUGCCAACAAAUUUCUCAAUACAGCAUCCCAAUAAUCAGCUCCCAGUUACACCUGGAGAAACUUGCACGGCUGUUGCUCAAUCAUCUUCUGCAAAUUGUGCUCAAACCAAGCAACGAAUGCGUUGGACACCAGAACUUCAUGAAGCCUUUGUGGAGGCAGUCAACAAGCUUGGUGGAAGUGAAAGAGCCACUCCUAAGGGUGUCCUAAAGCGAAUGAAAGUUGAAGGUUUGACCAUCUAUCACGUAAAAAGCCACCUACAGAAAUACCGAACAGCUAGAUACAAACCAGAUACAACAGAAGAAUCUUCAGAAAAAAACCCGACCUCUAUUGAAGAUCUGUCAUCUCUAGACAUGAAAACGGGCAUUGAGAUCACUGAAGCUUUGAGAAUGCAAAUGGAAGUCCAAAAGCAGCUUCAUGAGCAGCUUGAGAUUCAAAGAAAUUUGCAACUCAGAAUAGAAGAACAAGGGCGUCACCUUCAGAUGAUGUUUGAGAAGCAGUGUAAAUCGGGUAUGGACUUGCUGAAGGGGACUUCAUCUGCAACUGAGAACCCAUUAAAGGAGUUCACAGAUGCAGUGGGAAAUGCUCCCUCCAAAGAUGAUUCAGGAGUACCAGUCGACAAUUGCGAAACAGGAGGGAGAUCAGCAGGGGAAAAUUAUCAGGAUGGGGGAGAGAAACAUAAAGAUCAGGCGACUGAAGUUGCUGGAUAUUGUGAGGCAAAUGUAGCUGGCUCCUCCAAUUUGCCACCAUCCAAGCGUGCUAAAGUGCAUAGUUAGUUUUUCUAACUCCUCUCAAGAUUGAAUUGACAAGGAACUGUAAACUCCGUGGUCCUUAGGAUGAAUUCUUAUGGGCAUUGGCUUGUGUUCUCCUCAACUUUUAGCUUAUAAGCAACUUAAUUUGUGACUUUUGCUUGUCAAAUACUUCAAUUCUUCUUUCAUACUGUCUUUGAGUCGUGUAUAUGACCGACCGAGGAAUUUUGGUUUGAAAAUGAAGCCGCCUUUUUGCUCCAUGGUAAGCAUUAUGAUCUCUGUGAGAGUUAAGCUUUGUACUUGUUAUUCAUCAAUAAUAUGUUCUUCAUGUACAUCCA